GUCUUUGGAAAUAACAUACUACAGCUUGUUAACACUUCUGUUUUGUGAGUAUUGCUGGGCUGUAAACCUGUCCAUCAGUUGUGAUGUCUCCUGACUAAUAGACUGAUGACUCAGUCUGUUGCUCAACAUGCCGCUGUCUUAAGGGUAUUUAAGCCGCUGUCUGUCUGAGUCUAAGUCGAGCAGCAGCAGAAGGACUGGGAAACAUGAAGACUUGCUACAAGCUCUGCGUUCUCAUUGGCCUGGUGGUGGCCAUCCAUUCGGGUCCUAUCUCACGCCAAGCUGAGAACAAUGACGCCUUAGUGCAGACUUACCUAAAGAAGUUCUACAACUUCACGGAGCCAAGCGGGGCCGCUUCCAAAGGGAGGAGCAGUCAUAUGAGUGUGAAAAUAGCCGAGAUGCAGAAGUUUUUUGGGCUCACGGUGACGGGAAGUGUGGAUCAAGAGACACUGAAGGUGAUGAUGAAGCCCCGCUGUGGAGUUCCAGAUGUUGCUCAGUAUUCCACCUUUGGUGAAGGUCUCAAAUGGCAGAAGAACCAGUUGACGUACCGAAUUGUGAACUACACUCCAGACAUGUCUCAGGCUGAAGUGGACGAAGUUAUAGAAAAAGCACUGCAAGUCUGGGCUCGCGUCACUCCCCUCAAGUUCACUUGCAUCAACGGCGGUGAAGCCGACAUCAUGGUCUCCUUCGGCGCAGGAUCUCAUGGCGAUUACUACCCAUUCGACGGACCAGAUGGCACUCUGGCUCAUGCUUUUGCUCCUUCUUCUGGCAUUGGUGGAGAUGCCCAUUUUGAUGAUGAUGAACUUUUCACCUUCCGUUCCACUAACGGAUAUGUUCUGUUCCUGGUGGCUGCUCAUGAAUUUGGACACUCUCUGGGCCUCUCACACUCCAACGACCCCGGUGCUCUGAUGUACCCCACAUACAGCUACAGGGAUCCAAACACGUUUGUUCUGCCCAAGGACGAUGUCAAUGGAAUUCAGUCUCUUUAUGGCCCAAACACUGAAGUGAUCCCUGAUAAACCAAACCCCACUCCUCCAGCCACCCCCAAUGCCUGCGACCCCAGCCUUGUCCUGGAUGCAGCUUCAACACUACGAGGAGAGAAGAUCUUCUUCAAAAAUAGCUUCUUCUGGCGCGUUUCAGGGAGCAGCCAAGCCAAGCAACAUCUGAUCAAGAGCUUCUGGCCUGAGGCUCCGGAUAAUAUUGAUGCUGCAUAUGAGAACACAGCACAAGACAAACUGUUCCUUAUCAAAGAUCAGAAAGUCUGGGCUCUCUUCGGCUAUGACCUUGUGAAGGGGUAUCCCAAGAGCCUCAGCAGCAUGGGCCUGCCCGCUACAGUGAAGAAGAUCAGUGCUGCCCUUUAUGACCAGAAGACUGGCAAGACGCUGUACUUCACUGACAACAAUUACUACAGUUAUGAUGAACGCAGGAAGACGAUGGACAAGGGUUUCCCCAAAUUGGUGGAACAGGGCUUCCCAGGGGUCAGUGGAAAAAUUACUGCAGCUUUCCAGUACGGAGGUAUGACUUACUUCUUCAGUGGAACCCGCAUAUUUGAGUACAGCCCAACUAGCAAGAAAGUAGCACGUGUGCUUAAUAACGGCCACUUCUUGCAGUGCUAGUUGUUCAUAUCUGUGUAGCACUGACUGCGCUACAGCUGGGCAAAUCUAAAGUACUGUUAUUAAAUUAGAGAACUUCUACUUGACACUUUAUUUAAUUUAUUUUAAAUCUUAUGCAAUCACCUUAUACAUUUCAGUGUAUCAUUCUUAUCUUUUGAGUAAUCAAUGUGAUUGAGUUCAACAGAUUGAUCAACAAAAUAAACUUUCUUUGGAAAUCUGAAAUUUGUGUCUGAUUGUUCUCUUAUAAGAUAUGACCGUAUGGCUCCUCCUCUGAGGUUGUAAUAAGGGACAUGGCCAAAUAAAGACUCUUAAGGCUCUUUUUGCCCAUGGUAAAAAUGAACAUUGCACCCUUUGCACCCUGUGGCUAAUACAUUUUGUCCUAUGUACAUUUUUUUCUCCAAAUAUCACGGGAGCCUCUCAAUGACAAGGUCAUUAUGAACAAAAGUCAGGGCCAGCUCUAGCCUUUGGGGGUCCCCCGGUUUGUUAGCUGAUAUAAUGUAAAAUCAAAGGAUAACUAAUAACAAUGACUUCUACAAGCUGUCUAAAUGAUAUACAUUUAGAACUGGUUAAUUUGUGUAUUGCUGAUGAGUGGAAGCUUGUUUAGGGUUCUGAUAAGUUACAAUUUAAAAUAUAGACAAACUUCUCAGCAUUCUCCAUCCAGGCGUCAGCAUUCUCCAUUUAGGGGUUAUUCUGUUCUAACCAUGAUGGCAGUGGUGACAAUCUAAACCUGGAUUAACGACAGCCAGAGUAUCUAAAUUUGGAUUAAUCACAGUCUGAGUAUCUAAACCUGGAUUAAUCACAGCCAGAGAAUCUAAACCUGGUUUAAUCAAAGCCAGAGUAUCUUAACCUGGUUUAAUCACUGCUGGAGUAUCUAAAUCUGAUUGAUCACAGUCUGAAUAUCUAAACUGGAUUAAUCACUGCCUGAUUAAAAAAAUAGCAGAUUUCUUUGAAAGCAAGUCUCCUGAAAAGAAUGGAAGCUGUGACUUAAUACUGAAAAAUGUGAUAUUAAUGAAAUGUGAUAUUCAGGUGAGUAACAGUAAUCUUUUGUUUGAUGUUUUCUGCUUGUUUUCCUGAUGCUGAAAGCAGAAUAACUUGUACUUAAUGGCAGUUUUGACAGGAAAUAAAAUAAAUAUUGCUGAGAAAAGACCCUAUUACCACAAAAGAGGAAACUAGAGGGAGAAUAUGAAAAAAAGAGGUAGUCGAACUGAAAUCUUAAACCUCUACCUACUUGAUGAGUGAUAUUACUCUUUAAAGCAAGACUCUGAAGUCUGUGGAGGAAAUCCUUACAAUCUGAUAAUGAACUGUAUAAAUCAUGUUUUU